AUGACCGGAUUCAGCUUCCAAGAACAUGAGGAUAUUCUCCAUACUUCUCUGGAGCCAUCGCAAAGAUUGUAUACUCAUGAUCAAAUCCCUCGGCAAAAAAUAAACAAGCUCAUUCUCAAUUACUUCAUUCAAGAAGGGUUCCCUAAUGCUGCGUUGAGUUUCUCGAAGGAAGCCCAAAUCGAUUUGAAGCAAGAUGAAGAAUCUUGGGUGCAGCUGGAGAAAGAGACAAAGAAAUUUCUUACCACACCAAAAAUCUCUUCACAAGACUUCAUCGAUGCUGUCAACGAUUACCUAAAUUCACUGAAGACUAGUGCUCCACAAGAAGACCACGCAAUCGAAGAGACGGCUCGUGAUACGAUCAGGGGGUUCUCCUCAAUCGAAAAAAGAAAAGAGAUCAAAUACUUGGUAUUGAAAGGUGACAUCACCAGGGCAAUUGCCGCCAUCAGCACAUACUUUCCUUCGGUUCUAGACUCCAACAACCUUUUGCUUUUCAAGCUACUAAGGCUCAACUUGAUCGAAAUGAUCAGGGCACAUAAACUACAAAUGAGUCAUCUCAUGAACGAGGACGCUGCAGCGGAGCGCAAGUUCUUGGACGAUAUACUCAAAUUCGUGAGGAAGAACCUUAUAAGCAAGGUGACGCAAUCAUACGAUUUAUUGAAGGAGCUCGAAAUGACCAUGAGUUUGUUGUGUUUUAACUUUGACCCCAAGAGACCAGUUCAGGAGCUGAGUGAUCUUCCGGAGGAGUUGAAGCAGCUCUUCGACUUAUCGCUUCGUGCAGAUUGCUACAGGGUAGUGAACAGGGUGAUUUUGGACUUGGAGAACUCGGAGCAGGACUCGAUCCAGUUCAGAAGACAGGAGACUGUGAACUUCAGUGCCGACCUGCUAGCUCGGGCAGGACCUCCUCCGACUUUGAAGCUCAAGGAGGAUGUAGAUAUGGAAGACUCCAGCGAAACAACAGACAUUGAGGAUCUCAUACCCAAGGAUUUUACAGAUAAAGAGCCGGUACUCGCUCCUUCAGUUGAUAAGACUGCUGAAGAGCAGCCGAACCUGUUGGACUCACGACUCGAGACAAUUGCAAAGCUAUGGGUGAUGACUGAAAGGGUUCUAGUGGAGAAGAAGAUCAUUCCACACAGAGAAUUGAAGGGGGAGAAGAGAUGGCUUUGA